AUGAUGCUCAACAAGGAAGCGACCGAUGCCGGGACGGGUGGCGGUACGCCCAGAGGGGCCACAGACACCAGCGGGUUGAAUCUCAACAUAUACUCCUCGACACAGGUGAGAAGGCCGAUGCUGUUUUCGAUGAAAACAGCACCGGCCUUCCAGAUGGCGGGCGCAAGCGGGAAGGAGACGGUGGACAUUAAGAAAUGCAAGGACUGUGAUGUGCCGGCUUUACAGAUUUGUGAGAGGGUGGACGAUCUGAUUGUGGGGGCAUGCAACAGCAUGAUAAUCAUAUUCGACUUGACGACCACGGGCUCGUUGGUUUCUUCGGGCGCGGUCACGCCGAAUGGGAGCGAAGCUGGCAGCGAGAACAGCAGCAGCGGCGGUGGAAACGGAAGUGCCAGUGGGAACGCGAGUGCGAAUGGCAAGGGGAGUGGUCCCUGUCACAAUGCAAAGGAUAUCUACAGGAUUCAUCUUUCAUUGCCCAGCACUUUGGUCAAGAGACCCAAAUUCCAUUUUGAGAAGAUACUCCAUACAGUGAUAGAUGACUCCAAAAGGCUGAAAUUGCUUAAUUUGAUCGACAAUUGUAACAGGUUUUUGUUCUUUGACGGCACGAGUACGCUGUCCACAUGUUCGCUGACGACGUUUUGGCUGAUCAAGAAAUUCAAUGCCUUUCUACAUGACAAACUGGGCAAAUCAAAUAUUGAACUGUUCAUCUUGGAGAAAAUGGACACACCGUUCAGUUCAUUGCAGACAACAACAACAGCCAAUGCUGACACCACCGUAAAGACGAUGUCGGCGGCGGCAACUGCAACUGCAUUUUCGUCAAUUGGCCAGUCCAGUGACUUUUUAAGUUCUGAUAAAAAAACUUUUCAAGGUAAGAUGAACCUAACAGUCAAAGUUUUACCGAGAUCAAAUGAGAAAAUGUUUAUUCAAUCAAUUAAAAAGGACACUGUCCAUUAUUCACCGACGUCUUUAAGAAAAUUCUUCAAAUUUAAAAUUCCUGAAAAUUUGUCACAAAAUGAUCCUAUAUUACCAAAUUGGCUGAAACAAUUCGCUGAUAAAGAUAAAAAUGAUGUACUUUUGCAGAAAUUAUUAUCAAAUUUUGAGUUUUUGGAGUCUCUAGAACUUGAAAGAUUAGAGAGAGGUCUUACAGUAGAACAACAACGACAGCAGCAGCAUGAACAGCAUGAACAACAACAACAACAGCAGCAGCAGCAGCAACGUGCUUUACAAAAAUCGAAAUCAUAUCAAAAAAUUUAUUCGUUGUCAAAUUUACAAAAAGAGUUUAGAAAGCAAAAAAAAUUCAAUUAUAAUGACAAGUGUAAAUAUUCAUCAUCAUCAUGUCCAACUUCACCUCGUCACGAAGUAUUAGAUUUGAAACUUUCAAUACCGAAGGACUCAAAAAGCACUAGCAUUAGCACAAACAAUUUGCAGGUUCCACCCACGUUUGCGGUAUAUCCAUCAACGAAUGACGUUAAUACAAACUCACCAGCAUCUUCACCUCAUCCUGACACAGAUAGCGAUUCUUUACUAACUCCAAUGAAUAAUUAUGAAAUGUCAGAGGGUAUCAAAUCAUUUUCUAAAAAUAGAUACUCUAAUAUUUUACCCUAUGAACAUUCAAGGGUUAAAUUGCAGCCUUCACCACUUUGUGGGCCACCAAACAUUAAUAAUAUUUCAUAUUCAUCUUCAGUAAGUGACAACUCUUCAGGCAAAAGUAUAAAUAAUGGUACCAAAACACCGGCGGCAACAACGUUGACCUCGACCAACAAUACAGCAUCAGAAUUAGCACCUGCACCUGCAUCUGCCUUAGCAUCUACAUCAAAAUCCGCAUCACUGUCGAAACCAACAUCGGAAUCAACAUUGAUAUCUGUUCCUGUUGAUAACACUAAAGAUACAUGUGAUUGUUCUAAAAAUCAUAAGAAAAGAAGAAACUCGUGUUCAAUAUCCCCGCCAUCAUCGGCAUCAUAUUUUAACCAAACAAUUGAUUCAUCAUGUUUGGAACAACCCAACAUCGAAACAAGCCCAGAAACCAAGGAUUCUUUUGAUGAUUACUUCAAUGCCAAUUAUUUAAAAAUACCGCAAGUUAAUGGAGAUUUUGAAUAUAUUGCAACUCAGGCUCCAUUACCUUCAACAAUUGACGAUUUUUGGAAAGUAAUAAGUACAAAUGGUGUGAAAGUUAUCAUAUCUUUAAACUCAAAUGACGAAUUAUUCAUGAGAAAAUGGGACAUUUAUUGGAAUAAUAAUCGCUCUAAUCAAAAAUACAAGAUUGAUAUGACAGAAAGUUUUGAAAAUGUUUGUGAAGUUGAUGGCUGCAUACUGAGAAUUUUCUCUUUUUAUAAAAAUUCCACUCUAAACAAUGUCGAAACUGCGGAAGCUAACGAUAUCUCAAAAACUAGUGCUCCAAGUGGUGAUUAUAAUCCCAGCUCUUCAAAACUGACUGUGUAUCAAUUGCAAUAUACGAAAUGGUUAGAUUCUUGUGGUAUUGUUAUGAAAGAUAUCUUGAAUCUUUAUACAAUCAAAAAUAUACUUUUGAACAAUCCCAAUGAGCUCAUAAAUGAUUUAAGAUCCAAAAAGACAAAACCGAUAUCAAAAUAUCAUAAAGAUUUAUGGUUGGAUGAUCACAAGGAUAUGAAACAACCGCCGUUGUUGGUACAUUGUUCAGCCGGUUGUGGAAGGACAGGUGUUUUCAUUACUCUAGAUUUUCUACUGAAUAUUUUGACAUAUCCAAGCAAUUGUAAUAACAAAAUUGACGUUUGGAAAAUGACUCAGGAUCUAAUUUUUAUUACUGUAAACGAAUUACGCAAACAAAGAAUAUCAAUGGUCCAGAACUUAACACAAUAUAUAACAUGUUAUGAGGCGAUCCUCGAAUAUUUCUCUUUGAAGAAAAUCGAAUUCGAAAUGAACAAAACGGAAAAUCGAUGA